AUUCAUAAUAUAUAGUGGCUUAUUACGAUGUCGUUUACAGAAAACCGGCGGUGUCGAACCAAACCCUAAUCAGUACCAAAUGUUGGAAGCACCACCAUCUUCCCCGCUCCGAGAACUUCUUCUCCGUUCAUCGACCCAACUAUCGGAGUCUUUGGCCACCGUCCCCUACACUCCACACCGAGCCUCCAAUAUCUCUGUCAAAGCCUUUCUCGAACCCCUCCUACUACCCACAGCCUCCGUCAAAGACCUCGCUCUCGCCUGCGCUCUCCUGUGCUCUUCCGCCUUCGACCAUUCCGGCAUUCUAUCAUGGAUCCCCAGCCACCUCUCCUCUCUCGCAACCUCGUCCUUCUCCGAGCUCUCCUGCGCUUAUCUCGCCGAACUCGGGAACGGAAAUCGUGAUGUCGUUGUUCCUCCGGAGAAGAGGUUGGUACUGGAACUGAUGCCCGAGGUUUUGCCACUUUUGAAAGAGAGGAUUCAGGAGAGCUCCAUAAAUAAGUCCGACGAGAGUGACGAGUUCUCCGCAGCAUCGGCGAGAGUUCCCGUUGGGUUUGCCAUUCUCGCUGCUUUUCAGUUUAGAUGGUUUAUUACACAGGUUGAUUAUCCUCAUUUGGGUAAAUUGUGUGGAUUGGUGAUUCCUUGUGCACUGACUGCUGUUGAUCAUUGGUCCGCGGUAGUGAAGGGUCAGGGCAUGAUUAGCCUCGCACAUAUUGGGAGAAAUGUGGAUGCAGCUGAGCUUGGUGGGUAUGUGGACGCUGUUCUAGAUGCCUGUUGCCAGAACACGGCUUCUGAUGACGAGAUAUGGCAUCAUGUGGUUGAGGCGUCGGUAGUUCUUGUGACUCUUACUCAGAGAAGUAAUCCCCGUAGUCCUUGGUUUGAAAGGAUGCUAAAUGAGUUUAUAAGUCACCUGGAGCGCCAGCCCAGAAAUAAAGAUCGCCGAAUUGCCUGGCUUAGAUAUGCUGAUUCACUGUUUAAUGGAGUUGGUCUUGUGCUCUUAGCUCACUUCAGGCGCAUUCUCCCAUUAUUUUUUCAGUGGAUGCACGCUGAUGACAAUGAGACUAUUCUUUUGGUUCUGAAAUGUACAUAUAUAAUUUUGAGACUGACAUGGAUAAGGAACUCACCAUUUAUUGCAAAAUUGGUAGAUGAACUUGCCGUUGUGUAUAAGGAGGCAGCAUUGAGAACAGCCCGGGAAGAUAUUAGAGCAAAUAUAUGUCAGAUACUGAUCCUACUUCAAGAAAGCAAAGGCCUACAUUUUGAUGCGGCUUGGGACAAGCAUCGAUCGGAUCCAGACUUGACCACUCUUAAUCUGUCGUUAAGUAGAAGUAGUAAUACUAAAACUGUGCCUUCAGAGGAUUGUCUUCAGCAGGGUUCGGUACCCGUUCAAUGAUAAGUUUACGUUAUUUCAAUGUUACUGCAAUUUGAAUUCAUACGGGUACAUGUAAUUAAAUAGUAGAUAUCUUGGGGCCGAGAAUAAUAAACACGCAAGUUUAAUUUUGUUUUAUA